AUGCCAGCGGUCGCGGUGAAGAGGAAAUCCGCCGUGUUCGGUGGGAGCAACAACAACAACAACAACAACAACAACGAAAAGGAAAACGAGGAUGAAAAAGUUUUCCUGGAACGCUCGUUGGAGUUUCAACAAGAGGGCGACCAAUUCAUGCAAAAGAAGGAAUUUAAGAACGCGUUGCAGUUUUACGAGCAAGCGAAACAAUUGAUGCCGAAAGGGCACGAGUUAUCGUCUGGUUUGGACGCGAGCAGAGCGGAGUGUUAUUUGGUGAUGGACAGACUCGCGGAUGCGGUGAGCGCGGCGUCGGAUGCGUUGAAGAUGAACGGGGAGAACGCGCGAGCGUUGGUGACGAGAGCGAAGGCGUACGCGAGCACGGAAAACGAGACGAGGGCGAAGAAGGAUAUCGCGCGAGCGCACGAGUUGUUGCCGGAGGAUUCGCACAUUAAGCACAUGCACGAUCUCAUUCUCGGGGUUGGGAACGGGAAGACGCCCGCUGGGUUAGGGGGGAUGAACUUAGCCCCGAGCUCGAAGAAGAAAGGCGGGAAGAUGUCCGCGGCGGAGCAGCAGUUGGAGCUUCAGAGAAAGCAACGAUUGGAGAUGGAGCAAAGGCAAAAGAUGCAAGAGCACUUGAGACAAAACCCGAGCCAAGCGCCGAUGAUUCACUUGAAGGCAAAAUUAGGGGACGAUACGAGAGUGUGCGUGUUAUCGAGCGCGAUCGCGUAUAGAGAUUUGGUGACGACGAUGACGAACAAGUUUCCAGACGCCGGGCAAUUUACGAUCAAGUACACGGACGAAAAAGGUGAUUUGAGACCGUUACAAACCAGAGAGGAUUUCCAAAUCGCCAUUCACUGGACGUCUGUUCGUUUGAGCAAAGCGGAGACGCCAUCUUUGGCGCCGCCGUGCGUGAAACUCACCUUGGUCGAGUUGGCGAAGAUUGAAGAUAUGGCAAUCUUAGGCGAAGACGGAAAACCCGUCGGGUUACCGCCAAACGAAGUCGUCGAAAUCGACGAGUGGAUUUUGGACUUUGCCGCGUUGUUUCGCGAACACUUGGGCAUCGAUGCCGAAGCGCAUUUGGACUUUCACUCGGACGGUUUGGAUAAAUGUUCCGAGGCGUUGGAGCCGACGAAGAGUUUGGAAGAGAGCAACGGGCCGGAUGGGAUUUUAUCCGAAGCCUCGAAGAAGUUCCAAGAAGCCGCGGCUAUGGCCACUUUUAACUGGGGUAACGUGCACAUGUGCUCGGCGAGAAAAAAAAUGGACGGUGGGAGAGAACCACCGGCUGAGGAAGGCGGGAACCCGGGUGCGGCUAUCGCCACCGCCGCCAACUUUGACGAGGUUGAAAAAGAAUUAGCGAUUGCCGCUUCGCGCUUUGAAGCGGCUUUGGAAAUCAAACCGGACUUUGUGGACGCCGCCACGGCCUUAGCUCAAAGACGAUACGAACGCGCGAGAUUAUUGUGCGCUGCGGCUGGCUUAUCCGGUCCGGAUAGUACCAGAAAACCAGAAAAAGGCCACGACGCGAAGAAGCGUACGGCGGAAGCCGAGCAAGAGUUUUCGCAAGCCGUGGACGAAUACAGAGCGGCGUUGAAGCAGUUACCGGACGAACCCCCGAAAACGCCGAAAACAGCUGAAGAGUUGGAAGCGCACGAACAAGCGGUAAAAGAAGCGCAAGAAAAGGGCGAAGACCCUCCGGUUUUGGACGAACCCACCAUGAGAGCGCAAGUUUUAGUCAUGCUCGGGAACACGUUGUUCGAACAAAGUCAAAUGAGAGCGAGAGUCGGCAAAGAGUGGAAAUCGGUCUUGGAAGAAGCCGUGGGGCACUUCAAAUACGCAGGAUGCAAUCAAACCGACAUAGACGCGGCGUUGAAGGUGCACAAAGGCAAUUUAAUGGAAGCGGCCGCCGCCAAGUAA